AUGGCGAAGGUGUUUUCCAUGCUGUUCAGCGAAGCGGCGGGUGGAAACGCUGCUGUUGCACAAAAAAACACCAACGUCGUGACAAACUACAACAGCUCUCUUUCGAUGGUAAAGUACCGUGAGCCCAUCUUUACCUACCAAGGUCAAGGCACGAAGAAGCAAGGUGUCUCUCCACAGGAGCACGCCAUCGCGUUCUCGCAUGGGUACACUGCCCAGUUACUACCAGACGAGGCCCCCCUCGUUAAGCAUGCUAUUGGCAUCGUUAUGAAAGAUGGCGAAAGGCCUCUAUCAGCAGCGUCGAGGAUCUAUUUCGGGAUUCACCAUCCAAUCCAAUACAACGUCAAAGUAAAGGACCUUGGCGUUGUACAUGAAGACUGGUUGCCAACCUUUAUUGGCUAUUGGAAAAUGGAGAAUGUUUCCGACACUGCGCAAUCUACCGAAAUUACCAAUGAGGCUGCUCAAGAUGACGAUUCCUAA